GGCUCAGCAUCGGGCCGGGGCCGGGGGGCCGCCGGGGCCGGGGGGCGGCGCUCCGGCCCGGCCCGGCCCCGCCCGAUGUCCAUGAGUGCGAACACCAUGAUCUUCAUGAUUCUGGGGGCGUCGAUCGUGAUGGCCAUCGCGUGCUUGAUGGACAUGAACGCGCUGCUGGACCGAUUCCACAACUACAUCCUCCCGCACCUGCGGGGCGAGGACCGCGUCUGCCACUGCAACUGUGGCCGGCACCACAUCCACUACGUGAUCCCAUACGACGGGGACCAGUCGGUGGUGGACGCCUCAGAGAACUACUUUGUGACGGACAAUGUGACCAAGCAGGAGAUCGACCUCAUGCUGGGGCUGCUGCUGGGCUUCUGCAUCAGCUGGUUCCUGGUGUGGAUGGACGGCGUACUGCACUGUGCCGUGCGUGCCUGGAGGGCCGGCCGGCGCUACGAUGGCUCGUGGGCCUGGCUGCCCAAGCUGUGCAGCCUGCGGGACCUGGGCCGGAGGCCGCACAGGCCCUUCGAGGAGCCGGCGGGGAACAUGGUGCAUGUGAAGCAGAAACUCUACCACAACGGGCACCCGAGCCCACGGCACCUGUGAGCCGCGCCCAGGACUCAGGGCUGCUGUGCAGACCAGACCGACCCCGCGGAGGCCCAGCUGGCCGAGCGGGACUGCGGCCUCAGGCCCAGGGUGUCCUGGCCUGUGGCUGGCCGGGUUGUGGCUGCAGGGCAGGUCCAGCGGAAGGUGCUGUCUCUUCUUUUUAUAAAGGGGGUGGGGUGGGGGCUGGGGUGGGGCUGGCCACCGGGCCUCAGGGCAGGACACAAGGGCAGGCUCUGUCCUAGAGGGGCUGGGGGCCAAGGGGGGUGGGUCCUCAGUAGGGACAGGUCUGGCCAGGGUCAGGACUGGACUCAGGCCACAUCUGAUUGAAAGCUGCUGUUUCCUGUGCACUGUGUUGUCCGUCCAUCCAUCCGUCCGUCCGUUUGGUCUGGAGUGGGGGGAGGCGCCAGGGACUGCGCCGUCAGCACACGGGAGCAUGUGCAUGGGGCGUGUGCGACUGAGAGUGGUACAGGAGGGAGGACAGGCCCUCGGCAGCUAUCAAUAAGGGUGGGGCCUGGGCACCCCAGCACCUCACUGUGAAGCCCACCCUGCCUGGCCAGUAAACUCUCCAGAAAGCUCCA